AUGGCGGAAGGGUGUGUGUGUGUGUGUGUGUGUGUCUUCCACAGGGAGGACGUGGGAUGGUGGCGGAGUUGGCUGCAGCAGAGCUACCAGACCGUCAAGGAGAAGUCCUCUGAAGCCUUGGAGUUUAUGAAGAGGGACUUGACAGAGUUUACCCAAGUAGUACAGCAUGACACAGCCUGCACCAUCGCAGCCACAGCCAGUGUGGUUAAGGAGAAACUGGCUACUGAAGGCACCUCCGGAGCAACAGAGAAAAUGAAGAAGGGACUGUCUGACUUCCUAGGGGUGAUCUCUGACACCUUUGCUCCCUCACCAGACAAAACUAUUGACUGUGAUGUCAUUACCCUGAUGGGUACACCUUCUGGCACAGCUGAACCCUAUGAUGGCACCAAGGCUCGCCUCUAUAGCCUGCAGUCUGACCCGGCAACCUACUGCAAUGAACCAGAUGGGCCCCCGGAAUUAUUUGAUGCCUGGCUUUCCCAGUUCUGCUUGGAGGAGAAGAAGGGGGAGAUCUCAGAGCUCCUUGUAGAAAGCCCCUCCAUCCGGGCCCUCUACACCAAGAUGGUCCCAGCAGCUGUCUCCCACUUCGAAUUCUGGCAUCGGUAUUUCUAUAAAGUCCAUCAGCUGGAACAGGAACAAGCACGGAGGGAGGCCCUGAAACAGCGGGCAGAACAAAGCGUCUCUGAAGAACCUGGCUGGGAGGAAGAGGAAGAGGAGCCUGUGGGCAUGUCCCCCACAUCUCCAAAAGAAGCAAAAGUUCCUAGUACCAGGACUCCCUCAUUCCUCAAAGGAGAAGGACCUGGUUCCCAGAGCCCCUGUGAGGAAACACUGGUGCGCUCAGGUGAGCCUCCAGCAGAGGUGACUCCUUCAGAGAGCAGCGAGAGUGUCUCCCUCGUGACGCAGGUGGCCAAUCCUCCCCCUGCCCCUGAGGUGCCAGUGCUACCCAAGGACCUGUCCCAAAAACUUCUGGAGGCGUCUUUGGAAGAACAGAGCCUGCCUGUGGAUGUAGGCGAGACUGGACCCCCACCCUCUGCUCAGCCGAAGCCUCAUGCCCCUGCUGGUCGCUUCAGUGGUGCAGAACCCAGGCCUGCAGCCAGAGUAGAGACUCUGAAGGAGGAGGUGCUCUCAGACUUACGGGUGUUCGAGCUGAACUCAGACAGCGGGAAGUCUACCCCAUCCAACAAUGGAAAGAAAGGCUCAAGCACAGAUAUCAGUGAGGACUGGGAGAAGGACUUUGACUUGGACAUGACUGAAGAAGAAGUACAGAUGGUACUUUCCAACAUGGAUGCCUCAGGGGAGCUGGAAGAUGCCGAGUGGGAGGACUGGGAAUGAGGGAAGCCAAACUGCUCCCUCCUACCCACAGCACCUCCCACCAUCCUCACUCGUCUCAGACCAGCCCUGGAAGACACUGAGAAUGUUCCCCAAAUGGCCUCAACCACAGCUCUGGUCCCCAUUCCUGGGUUGAUUCUGGAUUGUCACAAUUUCUGGCCUCUGCUCACAUCUGUAAAUGGACUCACUAAAUCCAGACCAGAAACCCUGACUUGUGCCAACCAUAAGAUACUGAAGGGGAGAAUAUGUGCCCUUUCACCAGAAGAGCCUGCUGAAUACCCAUUGUUCUUGGAACAUUUUCUGGAAGUCCCAAAGGAAUAACUCUAGCCCUCUGCCUGUGUAGACUAAACCACCAGUGUCCUGAGAAAACCAAGAGAUGCACUGUCCAUCUAUGAGCAGACAAGGAGGGCAUGUCAUUUCCCCUUGGCUAGAGAGAUGGCAAGCUCAUCUCACCUUAUCCCUUCUGCGGGGUAAGAGGCACUCAGCGCUGGGUAUCCUCCCUUCCCUCCCAGCUAUUUUCCAUUCCUGGUAGGGUUUCUUAUGAUACAGACUCUAGAGACCAAACCCUGAGUUCCCACACCUUUCCAGCCCAGGCUUGUAUAUUCCCUAUACUUCCUAGGGCUUCUUCGUGUCAGACACACCCAAGUCCUUAGCCCAGCUGUGCCACCUGCAAGAGAUUGCUCUUGUAUUUCCUUCCCUCCCCACACAGGGAGGAGGCCACUUCUGGCCUUUCUGUGCAUUGCCCAGUAGGAUUCUUUGUCCAACCAGCUACCACCUCAACUCCCCUGUAGCCUAGGACACAAGCCGGCUUGAAGCGGUACAGAGCAGUGAUCAAAGCCGAGCUCUUACAGCUCUGGUAACCCCACCUUCUCCCUCCGCCUCAGCCUUUCUACUUUCCGAAGGGACCCAGAAGUGGGGGAGCUUCCUAAGACUGGUCUGCAAAAGCUCUUCCUCCUGAAGACAGAGCAGCCUGUGGCUCUUGCACCCUCAGCUCUGGUAAAACUGCACCUCUCUGGGGGACUGAGGGGCUGCAGAGACCCUGGAGACCCUGGUGCUUCUGAUGCUGCUCUGGUGAUUCUUGUAUAUAAUCUGGUGUGUUCCCAUGAGUUAAAGGGAUGCUGAGAGAGGCAGUCAUUUCCAUGGCAGACCUUCAGUAAGGGCUGAGAUGGAAAAAUGCUGAAUCUUUUUUUUUUUUUUUUUUGAUGGGAUGGGUUUUUCCUCUUUAUAAUUAUUUCUUUGGUUUAAUCUUUUGGUUGUUUGUGCAAUAUUAUAUAUUUUAAAUUAUAAUGCAUCUUCCCAGAGUAUUUUGUAGCCAGGAAAAGAAAAAAAAAGGAAAAAUUCUAACAGCUGUUAGUUUUGUAAUUAAAAAAGAAAAAAGAACUUUGUCCUGAACCUUUUCCAGAUUUGCCAUUAACAGCAUUAAAGAAAUUCAAAAGAAGCUAGAAGGUGUCUGGGGGUCUUUUCUUGUGCUCUGUGCAGCAGGGGCCCUGGAGGCAGGACUGGGCACUCUUGCUGGCACCUGAGACCCCAGGAAGGGACAGUCUGGAUUCUGAGUAUAACCCCUUGCCCUUUUUACUGGCUUCUCUUUUUGGGAUAAGGGACAGGGCCCCAAUAGGCCUCUUACUGAGACAAUGAGUCAGGAGCUUCUGCUUUUAUUUGGAAAGGAAGUUGCAGCAAAAGUGUGGGUUUCAGUUGCUCUGUCAUUUUUCUGCUCUCCUUGCCUCUCCUUCCCGUGUUUGAUUCUGGGGUCCAGUUUUAAUUAGCUUUAGUUAAGCACCAGUAUGAAAAUCACCUGUCAGGGCUCAUAAAAAUGAAAUCUGAGACCCUUUGGUCCAUGGAUCUUUUUAAGGGAAAGAGGAGCAAGGCUAGAAAAGGUAUAAAUCAGCUUUUGGAUAAGUAAACUGAAAGUGUAAAAUAUAUAUCACCAUUUUAGAAGCAAGUUUUUGGAUUUGCUUUCUCCCCUUGCUUUAUUGGGGAGGACUUGCCAUUGCAUUUAUCAAGUGCUUGCUAGCCAUGGAUGCCAACUAACUUCUUCAAUUGAAGGCCGGAGGAUCAUGUCUGGUUCCAGGAGUCGCUUGAGCAGGUCCUGGCAUUCGGCCGAGAUACCAAGAUGAGUAGGGAAGGACACCCCCCUCUGCUGCUGCCACAGCAUCUUGGGAAUGUCUGUGUCGUCAAAAGGUAGGCUGGCACAGAGCAUGACGUACAGGACCACGCCCAUGCUCCACACGUCGCCCUUCUUGCUAUCGUGAGGAAUCCCCUGCAGCACCUCAGGGGCGGCGUAGGCUGUGCUGCCGCAGAAGGUCUGGCUCAACUCUCUGCGUGACUUGGGCAACACCUUGGCGAAGCCAAAGUCAGUCAGCUUCAGGUUGAAGCCCUGCAACAAAGCGUUCUCACACUUGAGGUCCCGGUGGGCCACACCACAGCUGUGGCAGUAGCGAAUGGCCUCAACCAUCUGGCGGAAGAGGGCCUUGGCCCGGCUCUCAGGCAGCGGCCCUUCAUUCAGCACGCAGUCAAAAACAUCCCCUCCCUCUGCCAGCUCCAUCACCAGGUAGAUUUUCCCAUCAGAAGAUUCCAGCAUCUCGUACACCUGAAUGAUGUUCUUAUGGUUCAGGGUACGGACAAUCUGGAGUUCCCGAGGCAGAAAUCUCUGGAUAAACUCUGAGAAAAUAAGGGAAAAGAAAGGGUCUCAAAUCGAGAA